AUGCCCGAGCUUUCCAGUAUUGAACUCUCGGAAAUUGAAGUUGUUGGAGUUCUUCGCAAACUAAAUUCACGAAAGGCGUGUGGUCCAGAUAACAUUCCGAACAGACUGCUGAUCGAACUUGCGGACGUUAUUGCACCUUCGUUAUGUGAGAUAUUUAACAUGUCAUUAAAUCUUGGUGUAGUACCUCUUAAAUGGAAAAUGGCGAACAUUACACCCGUAUUCAAACGCGAAGAUCCAACGCUGGCAAUAAACUACAGGCCAAUCUCACUACUUUGCACUUUGUCGAAAGUCCUAGAACGUUGCGUUCAUAAUCUUUCCUACCAGCAUCUCGAGCCACACAUUUAUCAAAUGCAGCAUGGUUUUAUACGAGGAAAAUCCACAACCACACAGCUGCUUGAAGUAUACCAUGAAAUUCUGGAAUCACUCGCAAGUGGGAAUGAAGUUGAUGCCAUAUACCUGGACUUUUCAAAGGCAUUUGAUAAAGUACCGCAUCAUCUUCUUUUGCGUAAGCUUGAGACUUUGGGAAUCAGGGGAUCUCUAUUAUCUUGGUUCCAAAGCUACCUCACAGAUAGACAACAAAGAGUCGUUCUUCACGGCGUUUGCUCUGAAUGGCUUCCCGUAACAUCAGGUGUGCCACAAGGUUCUGUACUCGGACCCUUGCUAUUCCUUGUUUACUGUAACGACAUUCCAACCUACAUCGAAAAUAAUUCUACACUUGCGUUAUUUGCGGACGAUUCAAAGCUUUACCGACCACUUUUGUUUCCCACAUCUUCUACUUUGUUUCAACUUGAUCUUUCCAAUAUAACAAACUGGACUGCUGAUAAUCAAAUGGAACUAAACGCAACAAAAUGUAAGACCAUGCACUUCUCAAGAAAAAGAGCACCUACGCGAACUCAGUAUUCAAUCAAUGAGAACAUACUCGAACAAGUGUCGACCUUCAAGGACCUUGGUGUGCUAAUAUCCAACAACCUAUCCUGGUCGAAACACAUAGAAAGCAUUGUAUCCAAGGCUAAUAAAACACUUGGUCUCAUCAAAAGGAUUUGUAAAGAAGUGAAGAAUACCAACACAAGAAGAAUUCUGUAUUGUGCGCUGGUAAGACCCAAGCUAGAAUACGCAAGCAGCAUGUGGUCGCCUUACACCAUUAAGCAUUGUUUGCUCAUCGAGAAUGUUCAACGGCGGGCCACAAAAUUUAUCUUGAAUUAUCCUGACAUGUCGUACGUGGACCGGUUGCAGAAAACAAAUCUCCUACCACUGGAAUUCCGAAGAGAACUUUCUGAUCUGAUACUGCUGUUCAAAUCCAAACACCACCUCAUAACAAUUGAUAUAAACAAAUAUUUAUGCACUUACAAUCCCAGCUAUCAAUCUCGCAACUAUGACGAAAAUCACUUCCACCUCAUUAUAAAACAUAAUCAGGAAUACUUUCAAAACUCUUACUUUAUUAGAUCAGCAAAACUUUGGAACAGCCUACCAACUGAAAUUAAGAAAUCCAGUAGUUUAUGUUCGUUUAAAACUCGUUUAAAUAACUUAUAUAGUAUCAAGUCAAAAUCAUACAAACUUCCCAAUAACCGGAGCUAAUAUUUAGUUUUGUGAAGAAAAUGUUUGUAAUAUAAGUACUAAGUAUUUAGUUCAGUUCAGUAAAGUUCACCCACUAGCUCGGUGUACGAACAACCGUUAAUCAGUUAGAAUUUAAAUAAUGAUCAAGUUCAGAUUAGUGUUAAGCUUUCGUUUGUUCUCACACCGAGAAAGUGCCUAUGAAGUAUAUAUGGGGUGAGGUAUUAAUUGGGACGUAAGUCCUGUUCCACAUUCCAGUCACGUGUGUUGUCUUGUAGCUUGUUAUGUAUAUUGUUUAUCAGUGUCAUUGUAAAUAUUUGUGACAAAUUUAAUAAUAUAAUAAUAUAACAUUACCAGGUAAUAAAGAUUGCUGUUUUAACCGUUUUGCUGACGAACGCUGACGUGAUGUUCGCAGCAAGUGUCACACACGUCAUCUAGCGUGCGAAAUUCGUGAUCCGCAAGGCGAAAAUCGCGGACACGAAAAUGUUAAGGAAAGGUGUACAGUGAGGCUUCUGGUCUAUUAUAUAUUCUAUGAUAUUAUUAGCACUGAUGAAGAUCCGGGCUUACGGAUCGAAAGCUUUGCAGUAAUAAAUUUACGUGAACAAUAAACAAAACCUUAUCACCAUGCAAACAUGGCUCGGCUUACCAAUCAACGUUCAAGAUUGAUUAACAACCUCGCCUUUCUGAAAAGGUGUCGAGACAACAAGGUUGUUCCAAAAGGAUUACGCAUCUCAACGCAAUAUCAUACUAAGCAUGCGCGAAAGAUCUUGAUGAAAGCCGAGUUGGCAUUAGUAAGAGAACGAAUUGCUUGGACUCGUAGACAGUUAUGCAGAGUGGAUGAACGUAUUUUAUCUCUGAAUGAAGAAUUGUGGAUGACUUUAAAUGAAGAACACUAUGCAACAGCUAAAAGAAUGAUCUCUGCGUCUUCUACGAAAACUUUCAACAAAGCACGUUCCACUCAGAUUACCAAAUUCACAAAAUUGACGUCUUUUGGUCGGACGCAUUGCAGACAAGAAGAUAUGGCCAGUCAUCCACUACAACGCACCGUUAUCAAUAUGAGUGCUAGAAGACUUACGCCGGUUGAAGAAGAUGUCUUGGCUCUUGGAUUAAAUUUCGCUGUGGUACCCCGUGUUCUACCUAAAGAAGAUUUGUACAACGUUUGGAACCGAAGUUAUACCACAUGA